AUGUCAGUUCAUAAAUGCAACAGUGUGAAGUGUGAAAAACUAUCACCUGUAUCAUACAGAGAUACACAGGUGAUGAUUUCAAGGUGUUAAUGACGCAUGCAAACUUGCCCUGAAUAUCAGAGCAGACAAAUUAGUUUCUCACGAGUCGAUUUCAUUCGCGUUAACAUAAAUACAAUCGAAUCGCGUGAAGUAUCUAAUGUUCAAGGGCGAAGGAUCUAUAAGACGAUCGCGGAUGACCUACUGCUCUGCAUGAACAGCCUUUCAUGCUGCAAGGAAAUACGUAACUCGAAGACGUAACACGUGACCGUGAAGCCAACAAAUGAAUUGCAUAUGAUGUUUGCUUGGAUUCUUCUUACUCUACUUUCGGUCGUUGCUGGUCAACUGGACUUACCCCCUUUGAGGGAGAAUUCUCGAGACAAUUAUGGAAGUAGGCUUCCACCCACCGACGCAGACUUGGAAAAUAUUUUAGCGAGGUUGGACUUUUUGGGUACCGAAAGGUGCAGCGCAAACGUUGCCUCGCAAUGGGCCUACGAAACGGAUGUAAAUGAAUAUACCCAGCUGCAGGCGUUGGAAUCGCAAAGGGUAUACGCGGAUUUUCAAAAUCAGGCCUGGUUCCUGAUAUCAAAGAUUGACAGGAAUAAUAUAAGAGAUCCUAUGAUCAGAAGACGUCUCAGAUAUCUGUCCAUCGUUGGACCAUCUGCUCUUCCCCCAGAUCAAUUAGAUAGGUACAAUCGUGUGAUCAAUGACAUGCUGGCAGUUUACAACGAAGCCAACAUUUGCGCGUACAACGAUCCCUUCCGGUGUGGAUUACGCUUGUAUCCAGAUGUAUCGCAAAUCAUGGCGAAGAGCCGGAAUUGGGACGAAUUGCAAUAUGUGUGGACGGAAUGGAGGAGACGCAGCGGUAUGAGGAUUAAGGAUCUCUAUCACCAACUCGUGAGUUUGAACAAUGAAGCAGCUCGGUUGAACAAUUUCACCGACGCAGCCGAGUACUGGAUGUUCCCUUACGAGUCUCCGAAUCUGCAGCAAGAUAUUGACGAAGUUUGGGAAAUGAUAAGACCAUUGUACGAAGAAUUACACGCGUAUGUUCGAAGGAAACUGAGAGAUUUGUACGGACCUGAGAAGAUCGGCACUCAUGCUCCUCUUCCAGCUCAUAUUCUUGGAAAUAUUUGGGCACAAUCGUGGACCAAUAUCAUCGACGUGACGAUACCUUAUCCAGGGAAGAAAUACGUGGAUGUCACGCAGGAAAUGCAAGCCCAGGGUUACACACCCAUCGAGAUGUUCCGAAUCGCGGAAGAAUUUUACCUGUCCCUGAACCUGAGCGCCAUGCCACCUGAAUUCUGGGCCGGAAGUAUAGUGGCAGACCCAGGAGAUCGACCUCUGAUUUGCCAAGCCUCUGCAUGGGAUUUUUGCAAUCGCUUGGAUUACAGGAUCAAGAUGUGUACCAAGGUUACCAUGAAAGACUUGAUCACGGUGCACCAUGAAAUGGCCCAUAUUCAGUAUUUCCUAAGAUACAAUGGAUUGCCACGAGAAUUUAGGGAUGGUGCCAAUCCAGGAUUUCACGAGGCAGUGGGUGAAGCUGUCGCCCUCAGCGUAGCAACCCCUCGCCAUCUCCAAACCCUAGGGUUGGCCAACAAUUACAUCGACGAGGCAACCGCGGAUAUUAAUUACCUGUUUGCUUUGGCGAUGGACAAAUUAGUGAUGUUACCCUUCAGUAUCGCGAUGGAUAGGUGGCGAUGGGACGUCUUCCGUGGUUACGUCACUAGAGAGGACUACAAUUGUCAUUGGCAUCGUCUGAAAGAACAAUAUUCUGGAAUCAAGCCACCUGUCCUGAGAUCGGAAGACGAUUUUGACCCUGGUGCGAAAUAUCAUAUCCCAGCUAACAUCCCCUACAUACGGAACUUCGUGGCGGGUGUACUUCAAUUCCAACUGUACCGAGCUCUUUGCCAGGCGGCUGGCCAGAGGAACGUCGAUGAUCCCAGAAGACCCCUGCACAGGUGCGACUUCUACAGAAGUCCGGAAGCUGGAAGAAUCUUAGGGAGAAUCAUGGAAAGGGGUUCGUCGGUCCCUUGGCAGCAAACGCUUCAAGAAGCCAUCGGCGAGGACAGAUUAGACGCGUCCGCGCUAAGGGAGUACUUCAGGCCUCUCGAAGACUGGUUGAGAACGGAGAACCUGAGAACCGGAGACGUAGUAGGCUGGUCGUACGAUGGCGAUUACUGCAAACGGAGCAUCGAAACAGCUGGUCUGCAGGUCUAUGGAAGCGGAUUUUACAACGCAGCUGUUCCCACUAGAACGACGAUGAUUCUCCAAGGAAUCAUUGCGAUUCUCCUAACGAUUUCGAUGCUUCGUUAGGAGAAUUUAGUCUAGAAUCUUGAAUUAAACGCAAAUAGGGCACUCGAUUGCCUGAAGCGUUUGAAAACAUUUUCCCUUUCUCUCAUCAAGAGACGAUCGAUAUUCUUCGAUCAUCUCGAGUUGAACUGACCAAAUAAAUGACCAAACAUGCCAAGAUAUCUUACAGAUAUUCUGCAGGUGUAAUAAAGUUGUUGCACAGGUGAAACGCGUCAGGUUUCGAUGACACAGAUGUGUUUGCACUCGAGCCACGUGUUUUCUUGUAAGUAUUCAUUAUUAAUUUAACGGUUAAUGAAGUAAUUACACAGCACGUAAUUAAGCAACUAGCUCGCGUACCAGCGCGUGAAUCGUUCUGCGCCCUGCUAUUAGGUCGAGCAUUGCGCUGAAGGAAAAGGGGAAAAGGGGAUGAUUGAAAAUUAAUAUUAGAUUGGUAAUUAGACUCAUGACCUUUUCAGGUAUUUUACUUGAAAAUAAUUUUUUUUUAAUUUGUAAAGUCAUAAAUUUCGACCGUCUUCCUUUCAAUUCUCCAUUAAUUGUAGAAUGUUCUGAAUAAAUGACAGAACAAUAGAAGAUGCCUCGUCCAUUGUGUAAAUAUUUGUACUUGUUUAUCAUUUAUUGCAUUAAGAGUAUUAAACAUUCCAACGAAUCGAGUUUCACAAAGAAAUCUGAAUAAUCUUGUUUGGAAAUUCGUACGUAUCCUGAGCUAUGUUAUUAUUUCGUUUCGUCGGUGUUCUCAGUAAUUGGCAAAAGCAUUUCAAUUGUAAGCCAAACUUGAUCUAUUACGAUUGCUCGACAUCGUUGAAACUUUCAUGAGAAACAAAUACAUAAUAUUCUUUCGUUGUCGUUAGUACGAUUUUAUACGAUACAAUCGAUCGCGUGCGUUACUCUUUCGAAUCGUUUGUUCUACACGCGAACACUAUUUUUUAUCUUUCUAGUAUUGUGUAAGACACAUAAGGAAAUAAAUAAACGAAUUCUUAACGAA